CAGGAGCUUAGAUCGAGGGAAGGGAAGGGUCUAGCAGAUAGUUCGAGCAGUUAGUUUAAAUACUUCAAUAAAUAGGCGCAUUGGGUAGUAAGAAACGUUGGUCACUUGGAAACCGCCAUCGGACAAGUUCCGGUCACCUUUGGGUGCCAGGAGAGAGUCUUGGUGGCGUUUCAGAGCUGUUCCCUCUUUCAAAGCGGCGUGCCGAGGGAGGACGCGUCUCUUUGAAUAGACAGGAUGCACGGACCGCCUUCCAGCGACAGCGCAUGCCCAUUGCGCCUCAUCAAGAGAGUUCAGUUCGGCAUCAUCAGCCCAGAUGAGCUUAAACGGAUGUCAGUUACAGAAGGGGGCAUCAAGUACCCUGAGACCACAGAGGGGGGUCGCCCAAAACUGGGUGGUCUCAUGGACCCCCGACAGGGUGUCAUAGAGCGGACGGGAAGAUGCCAGACAUGUGCAGGUAACAUGACUGAGUGCCCAGGCCACUUUGGACACAUUGAGUUGGCAAAACCAGUCUUCCAUGUCGGCUUCCUCACAAAAAUCAUGAAAGUCCUCCGAUGUGUGUGUUUCUUUUGUUCCAAACUGCUGGUUGACUCGAAUAACCCAAAGAUCAAAGAUAUUCUCGCCAAGUCGAAAGGCCAGCCGAGAAAGCGCCUGACACACGUGUAUGACUUGUGUAAAGGAAAAAAUAUUUGUGAGGGCGGGGAGGAGAUGGACAACAAGUUUGGAGUAGAGCAGCAGGAAAAUGACGAGGACAUAACCAAGGAGAAGGGUCACGGUGGCUGUGGCAGGUACCAGCCUCGGAUCAGGCGCGUGGGUCUGGAGUUGUAUGCGGAAUGGAAGCACGUGAAUGAGGACUCUCAGGAGAAGAAGAUCCUGCUCAGCCCCGAGAGAGUGCACGAGAUUUUCAAGCGCAUCGCGGACGAGGAGGACGUCAUCCUGGGCAUGGACCCCAAAUACGCGCGGCCAGAGUGGAUGAUCGUCACCGUGCUGCCCGUGCCGCCCCUGGCUGUCAGACCUGCGGUCGUCAUGCAAGGGUCUGCUAGAAACCAGGAUGACCUGACACACAAGCUAGCUGACAUUGUGAAAAUUAACAACCAGCUACGGCGGAACGAGCAGAGCGGAGCUGCUGCCCACGUUAUAGCGGAAGACGUCAAGCUCCUGCAGUUCCACGUGGCCACCAUGGUGGACAACGAGCUGCCGGGCUUACCUAGGGCGAUGCAGAAAUCGGGCCGCCCGCUGAAAUCCAUCAAGCAGAGGUUGAAGGGCAAAGAGGGUCGAGUGCGAGGCAACCUGAUGGGCAAGCGUGUGGACUUCUCUGCUCGAACGGUCAUCACGCCUGACCCCAACCUCCAGAUCGACCAGGUGGGCGUCCCUCGCUCCAUCGCUGCCAACAUGACCUUCCCAGAGAUCGUCACUCCCUUUAACAUCGACAGGCUCCAGGAGCUUGUGAGGAGAGGCAACAGUCAGUAUCCAGGAGCCAAAUAUAUCAUCCGUGACAACGGAGACCGAAUCGACCUCCGAUUUCACCCCAAACCGAGCGAUCUUCACCUUCAGAUCGGAUACAAGGUGGAACGGCACAUGUGCGAUGGUGACAUCAUCAUCUUUAACAGACAGCCCACCCUGCACAAAAUGUCUAUGAUGGGUCACAGGGUUCGAAUCUUGCCCUGGUCUACAUUCCGACUCAACCUCAGUGUAACGACCCCUUACAACGCUGACUUUGACGGGGAUGAGAUGAACCUGCACCUGCCACAGUCGCUGGAGACGCGCGCGGAGAUCCAGGAGCUGGCCAUGGUGCCACGCAUGAUCGUCACACCCCAGUCCAACAGACCCGUCAUGGGAAUCGUGCAGGACACUCUCACUGCAGUGCGCAAGUUCACCAAGAGAGACGUCUUUCUAGAGAGGGGGGAGGUGAUGAACCUGCUGAUGUUCCUCUCCACCUGGGACGGCAAAGUGCCACAGCCCGCCAUCCUGAAACCACGCCCCCUGUGGACCGGCAAGCAGAUUUUCAGCCUGAUCAUCCCAGGCCACAUCAACGUCAUACGCACACACAGCACCCACCCAGACGACGAGGACAGCGGCCCCUACAAGCACAUCUCCCCUGGCGACACCAAGGUCAUUGUGGAGAACGGCGAGUUGAUCAUGGGGAUCCUGUGCAAGAAGUCUCUGGGCACCUCUGCCGGUUCUCUCGUCCACAUCUCCUACCUGGAGAUGGGCCAUGACGUCACGCGCCUGUUCUACUCCAACAUCCAGACUGUGGUCAACAACUGGCUGCUCAUUGAGGGUCAUUCCAUCGGCAUCGGUGACUCUAUUGCGGAUGCAAAGACAUAUCUUGACAUUCAGAACACUAUUAAGAAAGCCAAGCAGGAUGUGAUAGAGGUCAUCGAGAAAGCCCACAAUAACGAGCUGGAGCCCACACCUGGAAACACCCUGAGACAGACCUUUGAGAACCAGGUCAACCGCAUUUUGAAUGACGCUCGAGACAAGACCGGAUCCUCCGCUCAGAAGUCACUGUCCGAGUACAACAACUUCAAGUCCAUGGUGGUGGCUGGAUCCAAGGGUUCCAAAAUUAACAUUUCACAGGUUAUCGCUGUGGUGGGCCAGCAGAACGUGGAGGGCAAGCGAAUCCCCUUCGGCUUCAAGCACCGCACCCUUCCACACUUCAUCAAAGACGACUACGGUCCUGAGAGCAGAGGCUUUGUUGAGAACUCCUACCUGGCUGGACUCACGCCCACGGAGUUCUUCUUCCAUGCUAUGGGAGGAAGAGAGGGUCUGAUCGAUACGGCUGUCAAAACAGCCGAGACAGGUUACAUCCAGCGUCGUCUGAUCAAAUCUAUGGAGUCGAUCAUGGUGAAGUAUGAUGCCACAGUGAGAAACUCCAUCAACCAGGUGGUGCAGCUGCGCUAUGGUGAGGACGGGCUGGCGGGAGAAGCCGUGGAGUUCCAGAACAUGGCCACUCUCAAGCCCUCCAACAAAGCCUUCGAGAAGAAGUUUAAGUUUGACUACACCAACGAGCGAGCUCUCCGGCGCACCCUGCAGGAGGACGUGUUGAAGGACGUGUUGACCAACGCACACGUGCAGAGUUCCCUGGAGAGGGAGUUUGAGAAGAUGAGAGAAGACCGAGAGAUUCUAAGGGCCAUUUUCCCUACUGGAGACAGCAAGGUGGUGCUGCCAUGCAACCUGGCCAGAAUGAUCUGGAAUGCGCAGAAGAUUUUCAGAAUCAACCCACGAACUCCAACUGAUCUCAAUCCUUUAAGAGUGGUGGAGGGCGUUCAUGAGCUAAGCAAGAAGCUGGUGAUCGUAAACGGCGAUGACCCUUUGAGCAAGCAGGCCCAGGAGAAUGCCACCCUGCUCUUCAACAUCCACCUGCGCUCCACCCUCUGCUCCCGCCGUAUGACGGAAGAGUUCAGGCUCAGUACGGAGGCCUUUGAUUGGCUGCUGGGGGAGAUUGAGACCAAGUUCAAUCAGUCUGUUGUUCACCCGGGGGAGAUGGUGGGGGCGUUGGCUGCCCAGUCUCUGGGUGAGCCCGCCACCCAGAUGACGCUGAACACCUUCCACUACGCCGGAGUGUCGGCCAAGAACGUCACCCUGGGUGUGCCUCGACUCAAAGAGCUCAUCAACAUCUCCAAGCGUCCCAAGACCCCAUCGCUCACUGUGUUCCUGCUGGGCCAGGCGGCCCGAGACGCAGAGCGGGCCAAGGACAUCCUGUGUCGCCUGGAGCACACCACGCUGCGCAAGGUCACGGCCAACACGGCCAUCUACUAUGACCCCAACCCGCAGAACACGGUGGUGGCAGAGGACCAGGAGUGGGUUAACGUCUACUACGAGAUGCCUGACUUCGAUGUGACCCGCAUCUCCCCCUGGCUGCUCCGUAUUGAGCUGGAUCGCAAACACAUGACAGACCGCAAGCUCACCAUGGAGCAGAUCGCUGAAAAGAUCAAUGCAGGUUUUGGGGACGAUCUGAACUGCAUAUUCAAUGACGACAACGCCGAGAAACUGGUUCUGCGUAUCCGCAUAAUGAACAGCGACGAGAACAAGUUUCAGGAGGAUGAGGAAGUGGUAGACAAGAUGGACGAUGAUGUUUUUCUGCGGUGCAUCGAGUCCAACAUGCUGACCGAUAUGACCCUGCAAGGCAUCGAACAGAUCAGCAAGGUUUACAUGCAUCUCCCUCAGACGGACAACAAGAAAAAGAUCAUCAUCACAGAGGACGGCGAGUUCAAGGCUCUGCAGGAGUGGAUUUUGGAGACGGACGGCGUCAGUCUCAUGAGGGUCCUUAGCGAGAAAGACGUGGAUCCCGUCCGGACCACCUCCAACGACAUUGUGGAGAUCUUUACCGUCCUUGGCAUUGAGGCCGUGCGGAAGGCUCUAGAGAGGGAGCUGUACCAUGUCAUUUCCUUCGACGGCUCCUACGUCAACUACCGCCACCUUGCCCUGCUCUGUGACACCAUGACCUGCAGGGGUCACCUGAUGGCCAUCACCCGUCACGGAAUCAACAGGCAGGACACGGGGCCGCUCAUGAAGUGCUCGUUUGAAGAGACGGUGGAUGUGCUGAUGGAGUCGUCCUCCCAUGGGGAGUGUGAUCCUAUGAAGGGCGUGUCUGAGAACAUCAUGCUGGGCCAGCUGGCUCCCGCGGGCACGGGCUGCUUUGACCUGCUGUUGGAUGCUGAGAAGUGCAAAUAUGGCAUGGAGAUCCCCACCAACAUCCCGGGCAUCAGCGUCGCUGGGCCAACAGGAAUGUUCUUUGGCUCCGCCCCCAGCCCCAUGAGUGGCAUGUCUCCUGCCAUGACUCCCUGGAACACGGGCGCCACGCCAGCUUACGGUGCCUGGUCGCCCAGCAUAGUGAGUGGGAUGACCCCAGGAGCUGCAGGCUUCUCUCCCAGUGCUGCAUCCGAUGCCAGUGGCUUCUCUCCGGGCUACUCCCCAGCGUGGUCUCCUACACCCGGUUCUCCUGGCUCCCCAGGGCCGGCCAGCCCUUAUAUUCCUUCUCCUGGUGGAGCCAUGUCUCCAAAUUACUCCCCUACUUCACCAGCAUAUGAGCCGCGCUCCCCUGGAGGCUACACACCCCAGAGCCCUGGCUACUCCCCGACGUCGCCCUCCUAUUCUCCAACCUCUCCUUCGUACUCCCCGACGAGCCCCAACUACAGCCCCACAUCCCCAUCUUAUUCUCCCACCUCUCCCUCCUACUCUCCGACGUCUCCCUCCUACUCCCCGACCUCCCCGAGCUACUCUCCAACAUCCCCCUCCUAUUCCCCGACGUCACCUUCGUAUUCUCCGACGUCACCUUCGUAUUCUCCGACGUCACCUUCGUAUUCUCCGACGUCACCAAGCUACUCGCCCACGUCACCAAGCUACUCGCCCACGUCGCCCUCGUAUUCGCCGACGUCGCCCUCGUAUUCGCCGACGUCGCCCUCGUACUCCCCCACGUCGCCCUCGUACUCCCCGACGUCGCCCUCGUACUCCCCCACGUCGCCGAGCUACAGCCCGACGUCUCCCAACUACACCCCCACGUCUCCCAGCUACUCCCCAACCUCUCCAUCUUACAGCCCCACCUCUCCCUCGUACUCGCCCACAUCCCCAAACUACACCCCCACCAGCCCCAACUACUCUCCGACGUCCCCCUCGUACUCGCCCACUUCUCCAUCCUACUCUCCAUCCAGCCCGCGCUACACCCCCCAGUCCCCCACCUACACCCCGAGCUCUCCCUCUUACAGCCCGAGUUCUCCAUCUUAUUCCCCCACCUCUCCAAAAUAUACCCCCACCUCUCCGUCUUACAGCCCCAGCUCUCCCGAGUAUACCCCCACCUCGCCCAAAUACUCACCCACGUCGCCCAAAUACUCACCCACUUCUCCCAAAUACAGUCCGACGUCUCCAACGUACUCGCCCACUACACCCAAGUACAGCCCUACAUCUCCCACCUAUUCUCCAACAUCUCCCACUUACACCCCAACCAGCCCCAAAUACUCCCCCACCUCCCCUACCUACUCCCCAACAUCACCCAAAUACUCCCCCACCUCCCCUACCUACUCUCCCACUAGCCCCAAGGGCUCCACCUACAGCCCCACCUCCCCUGGCUACAGCCCCACCUCUCCAACAUACAGUCCAGCCAUCAGCCCUGAUGACAGUGAUGAGGAGAACAACUGAAGCUGAUUGGAGGAGAGGCGCUGUCGUGAGCCCUUUAACCCUGAGGGAACAGACAGUAUUGCCACUCAGCAUGGGCCGUUGUCGUGGUGAUUCAGAGA